AUGCCGGAAGGUGACGACAAUAUCGAGGACAAUCACUUCACCUCCCAAGUCUUAGAGCUCUUCACCACUGCUAGUUGCUUUCCGAGCACCUACUUCUUGCUCUGUCCAACCAUGAAGACAACCACAGUCCUCUCCCUCCUAGGAGCUUGUGUUACGGUGCAAGCCUCAGAUAAAGCCAAGCCACCUCAAGAGCCCAUCAGGCCCUCACCACCAUCUCACUCACCUAUAUCAACCAUUCCAUCCGUGGGUCUAGGACUCUGGAACAGCAAGGGCAAAAACGCUACCCACGCAAUUCUUGCCGCAUUCGACAGCAACUACGACCAUCUUGACGGUGCAGCCGCAUACAGCAAUGAAGAAUAUGUCGGCCUGGCCCUAUCCGACAAAUCAUCUCCAGACCGAAGCAAAUACUGGCUAACCUCCAAGCUCUGGAACACAAUGCACAAGCCAGAGAACGUGCCCAAAGCGUUCAACAAGACUCUAUCAGAGGUUAACAGUACCUAUCUGGACCUCUACCUCAUGCACUGGCCAGUCGCCUUCCUGCCCGACCAAGGUGGACGCACCAUCGUCGACGACGACACCAGCAUAGUCGACACCUGGAAAGCAAUGGAGACGCUGGCAUCCGCCUACCAAGCCAGCAACGGUGCAUAUGGCGCUCGAUACAUCGGCAUAUCCAACUUCUCCCCACGACAAAUCGACCAAAUUCUCAAAACAUGUACUAUUUGUCCCUAUGCACACGAAUUCGAGACUCACCCAUACCUCCAGCAGCAAGAGUUCAUCAACUGGCACCACAAGCACGACAUCAAAGUCAUUGCAUACUCACCUUUAGCCAAUCUCAACCCAACAUACAAGGAUGUCAAGCCGGAUCUGCCACCGAUCCUAAAGGAUAGAUUUUGGGUGUCGCUGGCGGACAAGAAGAAUGUCACUGUUGCUCAGGCAGUUCUUGGCUGGGGCGUUGCUCGAGACACGAUUGUGAUUCCGAAGAGUACGCAUGCUAAGCGGAUUGAGGAGAAUAUUGAGGCGUUGAAGGUCAAGUUUUCUGAGAAGGAGUUGAAGGAGAUUGCGAACGAGGAUAAGAGGAUCAGAUUUAAUGAUCCUAGUAGUGGUUGGGGAGUCGAGUUGUUUGAGGGCCUAGAUGGAGCCAAGGGUCGUCCCACCAUAAGUCAGGAGCUUUGA